CUCCUAGGGCGCCAUCUUCUUGGUGGGACCCCGACCCCUGAGGGGAGGCUGUGGAGGGCGCCAUCUUCUCGAUGGGGCGGGUUAAGAUGGCCCCUCUCUUCCCACAGCCCCUUCCCCGGCCGGGCGUGUCGCGCCGCUCCCCCCCAUCUUGCACAAGCACCGUGUGGAAGGAAGAGAGCUGCACGUCUGCAGAAGUUGUUGCUGCUGUUGAUGUGAACACUCUUGCCAAUGAAGUUUAUAAGCACAACUUUCCCAGCACACCAUUAUGGGCAAAGGCAAUUGAGGGCAUAACACUGAAAGAAUUUGACAGAUUAUCUUUUGAUAUGAUUUUGAUGAGUCCUCCCUGUCAGCCGUUUACAAGACUUGGCCUGCAAGGUGAUGUAUCUGAUCCACGGACAAAGAGCUUUCUCUAUAUCCUUGAUAUUCUUCCAAGGCUCCAGAAGCUUCCAAAAUACCUACUUUUAGAAAAUGUUAAAGGAUUUGAAUCCUCUUCUGCAAGAAAUGAACUCCUGCGAACGCUAGCAACAUGUGGAUUUAAAUAUCAAGAAUUUCUCUUGUCUCCAACCUGUCUUGGCAUUCCCAAUUCUAGGCUGCGAUAUUUUCUAAUUGCAAAGCUUCACCAAGAACCAUUUUCCUUUCAAGCUCCUGGUCAGAUAUUGACAAGAUUUCCAGAUCAGGAUCUAGAAGACUUAUUCAAGGACAAAGUCAUUGACAAAGUGGGUGAAGCUAGUUCUUUCUUGUCUUCUGAAGAUAAGAAUCUGGAUCCAGACACUGGUCCUGAUUGCAGCAGCAAGAAGAGUUUACCAAAAGGGGCCUUUCUUUUUAAGCUUGAAACAGUAAAAGAAAUGGAAAGGAAGCAUGAUCAGGACAAUGAUUCUUCUAUUCAAAUGCUAAAAGACUUCUUGGAAGAGGAAAAUGAAGAAAUGAGUCAGUAUUUCUUACCACUGAAGUCCUUAUUGCGCUAUGCUUUCUUGUUAGACAUUGUUAAACCCACCUGUCGGAGAUCCACAUGCUUUACAAAAGGGUAUGGACACUAUGUGGAAGGGACAGGCUCAGUUCUGCAGACAGCAGUAGAUGUACAGCUUGAAUCAGUGUUUAAACACAUUGAAGACUUACCAGAAGAAGAGAAGCUUAUGAAAUUGUCAACACUAAAACUGAGGUACUUUACGCCAAGAGAAAUAGCAAAUCUUCAUGGAUUCCCUCUCGAAUUUGUGACAGCAACAUUUGUGCUGAAAUUUUCAACAACAGAAAGCCUGGAAAUGUACCCAAAUAUGUUGUUGGUCCAAGAAGCUGAAGAAUCAGAAAACUAGAAGCUGAAAAUGAAGUGAAGAGAAUGUCAGGAAACUUUGUAACACAUAGUGUUACUAGCUGUAGCUACAGUAUUACCAGAAGAAACAUGAUUGUGUCUAAAUGGUUCUAUGUUUUAACAAAUUGAGGGCCUUUUCCAAUACGUGAGAUGCAGAGUUAAAAUCAUUGUUCGUUCUUAACAUUAAUGGAUUUAUUUGUGCUUUUAACAUCUAAAUGUAUAAAUAGUACUUGCACUACAGGUCAAUGAAAUGCUGCAGUCAUUUGUCUUAGUCGCUACUGUGGGUCCCACAGCAAUAUCAUUAAAAGUGAUCAGGGCAUUCUUGCACCUGUGACCUGCUUUCAUGAGGGUGAUGUCAGGAUGCCUUUUCCAUUUUUCCUGUUAGUGAUGUAUGUAAGCUAUUAGGAAACAAAUGGCAGCCUAGCAGAAACCCAGCACAAUGUGGCAGUGUGUGUUGCCAAGACCGCAACAUCAUCAAGUAGCAUGCAUGACCUAAACGAUAUGAUGAGAGCUGUGCAGCAAGUGCCAUCGUACUAUGAAUUGUUAAAUCUGUCCUUCUGAUGUAGGCUACUCUUGAGGCAAGAAGAUAGAAGGUGCAAGAUAAUGUUAACACGCAGAUGGAGGAGCCUUGGGAUAAAGGAGACAGUGAGCCUUGAAAAUUAAUUCAGGUUUUCAGUUACCAAGAGGCAGAAGGAGAAACUCUGAAAUUUUCAGGGUUCAGAUAAGCUUCUUGGGCUGUAAGUGGACAUGCGUGUGUGUGUGUGUGCAUAAAUAUGUGUUUAUUUUUAUAUAUGCUUUCAAAACGUGUAGAUUCUGUACCUUAGUCAGUGAUAUAAUGUGAAAACUCCAUCUGAGGAAGUAUGUGUGGAGUGCAAGUGAUUGUUCCAAAGAGAGAAGAACGGUUGCCCAAAUGUGAGUGCCAGGAAGCUGGGCAGAGUUGAUGGAGCUGGCAGAAGAUGUGUUUACCAAAGCAGUCCACAUUUGAGGCAUUAAUAGCUGGCAGAAAAGGAUGGAACAACUCCUCCCAGACACCUCCUCCUCAGCUUUCCACCCUUGGCUCAGCAACUGUCCAACCAUGUUCUCUCCUGAGCGACCCCUGAAAGAGGAUUUUUCUGAAGUGCUAUGAAAACUUCAGAACAUACGUAUCGCUACUUGCACACACAGUGUAUUGAUGCAUCAAAGCUAAUCUGGCGGGUGAUGACCUUGGGCUCAAAGUUAGGUUUUCUUCUUGGGGAAUGAUCAAAUAAUUGAAUGUGAUCAAGUUUCAGCAGCUUAGCAAAUGACCUUAAUGGUUGAAUCACCACUGCUGUUCGUCUUUCACUCAAGUUGAAGCAAAUGCACUUUAGCUCACAGCUGGAGUAAGCUAAGAGUGUAAGCAAAGACAGUUACAGCAGACCAACUGGCUGUUGGCAACUUUGUUCUCAGAAGCUUGCUCACCUUUGGGUGCUCAAUACACAGCACAGCCCUUUCACAAUAGCUGGGCCAGUUUAAUUUUUUCUUGGCCUCCCUUCUUUCUGCCAGUCCACGCACUUUACCAUGUGAAGGACAUCUCAGAUGCUGUCUUUAUUUCUGAGUGCAUUUGACAGGGUCAGCAUUGAAUUACAUGGAAAAUUGUUCAGCUGCUUGAUCACUGACUGAAUAAGCCUUGCUUAUAGCUUAAUCUGUGCUGGUGGUAUAUUGCACUGCGAGACUCAUUUGAUUUGCCUCAACUGGUUAGAGGUGCUCAGAUUGGAAGUACAAUGUAAAGCUUGUUGAGAAAUGCAGUUUAGUCCAUCUGCAGAAUCAUCACUUUUUCUUUCUGCCAUGGCCAUGUUCCUCUGUGGAUGUUCUCUAGAGUAGCGGUUGUUCAGUGUUGUAGGUGCUGCUGCCUUUCCUUGAGACUGCUGGAUAUUUUGAGCUACAUGAAGAGAAGAUAGUUUGGCAUUACUUACACAAUAGAGCAAUGUUUUGAGGCUUCUUGUUAAACUUCAGAGAUGGCAGUACUGCUAAUGAAAGAACUGAUAUGAAUCCAAUGAACUGGUUGGGAAUUAUUUUUGUAACUUUGUGAAUUUUAGACUGGGGGGUGAACCCUGCUGUAAUCUGUGGUAACUGCAUUAAGAACUGUUCACUGAAAAAAUGAGUAGACUAAAAGCUAGGAACAAACCCAAACUAAUGAUGUUGCACUGUAUGUUUUUG